AUGGAUAACGAGCUGGGCACGACGUACUGGCCAACACUAAAACGAAAGCUUCAGUUCCUCAAGAACGAGUUGAAUCUCUGUGACGAUCAGGGCUUCUGGAAAUCUUCAAUCUACCAUGGCUUUAACAAUGACUCUGCGAUCGAGAAGAACAUUUUCAACGGCAGCCCAAAUUAUGUUCGUAAUGGGUCCAUAGAACACAAAGAUCACGCUGUCUACUUGAAGGCUUUUCACAAUUUGAACUUCACGGAAAAUUACGUGCGAGGUUGGGAUCCCGACUCGUCAGGCGGGAUAAAGGCACGAAACGGAGAAGAUCUCGUUAUUGCGCGCAAUUACGUAGACGAUACAGGAAUCUUGUUGUACAUCCACAAGCAGGUCGUUCGACCGCUUCCGUUGUUUUUGAAGAAUGUCCUUGUCUAUGGCAACCACAUUGUGGAACGCACCAAACCCGGCGACCGAAAAAGCGGUAUCUUUUACCUUGAACCGUACCAGAAUUUCACUGACGAGAAUCUAGUUUACGCUGGAAAUGUUUUCGAGAUCGAAGGAGCUAAUCCAACUUCAAAAGAUUGUAUAUUCAUUGGUAAACACGCUAACCUGAAUCAGCACCACGUGUAUGACGACAAUAUCUACGAAGGCACCACUCCUCCAGAACAUGUGAACAUUAAGGCCGCCCAAGGAACACUGCAUUUUGAAUCAGGGUCUGCUUCUGUGCCAAGGGACUACGUUGCCAUGACUGUACCCCGGUACAAUAUCGCGCAGUAUGCUCCCAAGUCUUCAAGUGGCUAA